AUGCCCGAUAAGACCGCGAAGACGGAGCCCGAGGCACCAAUGGUCUCUCACGGCCGAGGAGGUCAAGGAAACAUCGGCCACGACACCACCGAAUAUGUCGAUGGCGAGAUCGUCCGCGAAGGCCCCUACGGCGACCAAGGCGAUGGCGCAUACUCCGCCGGCCGAGGCGGCGCAGGAAAUAUCGGCUCCCCAAUGGUCCGGCCCACGUCCAGGGUUCCCCACGACGCCGAGAUGAUCCCCGAACUCGCGGUGCGCGGCUCAACAGACGAGACAUACCACACCGGGCGUGGUGGACAGGGAAAUGUUCAUCUUGAUGAGGCUGCACUCAAGGAGAAGGAGAAGAAGAAGGUUGCGCAUGAGGGAUUGGCGGAUAAGUUGAAGUAUAAGUUGCUGGGGCGGAAGUAG